AAAACUGUCAUCAAAUAAAUUGGUAGUUUUGUGUAGGUAGCCUAAAUAACAGAACGAUGGCACGAUCAUUAAAUCCAGCACAACAGAAAUUGGCUGAAAAAUUAACCAUUUUGAAUGAUCGAGGGAUUGGAAUGCUAACAAGAAUAUAUAAUAUCAAAAAGGCUUGUGGGGAUGCAAAAUCUAAACCUUCUUUUCUCUCAGACAAGAGCUUAGAAUCUGCAAUCAAGCAUGUUGUCAGAAGAUUUCCAAACAUUGAUAUUAAAGGAAGUAGUAGCCAACUUAGUGCUGUGUCCAGUAUAAGACAAGAAAUAAUGAAAUCAUUAUCUCUGUAUUACUAUACCUUUGUUGAUCUUUUAGAUUUCAAGGAUCAUGUCAGUGAACUUUUAACUACAAUGGAUGCAUGUCAGCUUCAGCUUGAUAUUACUAUUAAUUUUGACCUCACAAAAAACUACUUGGAUUUAAUAACAACUUAUGUUUCUCUGAUGAUUCUGCUUUCUCGAGUUGAGGACCGUAAGGCUGUUCUGGGUCUUUUCAACACAGCUCAUGAGAUGACUCACACUCAGAACAAUUUGCUUUGUCAAGCUUUAAUGUCACUACAGCAAGUCUUUCCCCGAAGAAACCACACAGCUGAUGAAUGGAGGAAAAGUCAGAUGCUAAGCCUUGUUGCUGCUCCUACUCAGAUGUUGAAUCCAGCUCAAACAGACACUAUACCAUGUGAAUACUUAUCUUUAGAGAAAAUGGACAGGUGGAUCACAUUUGGAUUUAUGCUGAUUCACCAGUAUUUGAGUCAACCUCCAGCUAUGGACCUGUUCAUGAAGGCCCUUCACAGUGGUUGGGUCACUACACUUUUCAGAGAUGAAGUUCUUCACACCCAUCUGUACAUUCAACAGUUUUUUGAAACAAUCAAAGGGUAUAAUAAACGUGUGUCAGAAAUCAAAGAUGCAUAUAAUUUUGCACUUCAGAACUCUGGACAUAUGCAUAAAGAGAGAAGAAAGUUUUUAAGGACAGCUUUAAAAGAACUGGGUCUGAUAUUUACAGACCAGCCAGGACUUUUAGGACCAAAGGCUUUAUUGGUAUUUGUGGGUCUCUCAUUUGCAAGAGACGAGGUACUUUGGUUAGUUCGACAUUGUGAUAAUCCUCCUCCACGCCAAGGAAGGGUCAGACCCCAGACUGAAGACUUACUUGAUCGACAACUCCCUGAAUUACUUUUUCAUAUUGAAGAACUACGAGCAUUAGUUCGUAAGUACAACCAGGUGAUCCAAAGAUAUUAUGUUCAGUACCUCUCCAGUUACUAUUCUGUAGCAUUGGAUCAAAUGAUUCAGAAUGUUCCAGUGAUGCCUGAGGAGGACACUGUUAUCUUGUCAUCAAUUUGCAACUCCAUCUCAACAAUUUCGGUUAAACAAGUGGAAGAAAAUGAACUUUUUGAAUUUCGAGGACUGCGGCUUGAUUGGUUUAGAUUGCAGGCUUAUUGCAGUGUCAGCAAGUAUCCUUUGAAUUUCCAUGACAUUCGAGAUUUGGCUGUCCUAUUGAACACAAUAGUUUUCCACACUAAGUUAGUGGACUAUUUGGAUGAGCUUCUUAUUGAAACUUCAGAUCUUUCUAUCUUCUGCUUUCUAAACCGAAUUUUUGAAGAACAGUUUCAUAUGUGUCUGGAGUUUCCUGCACAGACAAGGUACAUCAUUGCCUUCCCUCUCAUCUGUAGCCAUUUUAUGAACUGUACCCAUGAGCUCUGUCCAGAAGAGAGACAUCACAUUGGAGAUCGCAGCCUCACAAUGGUCAAUGCAUUUCUUGACGAAAUGUCUCGAGAAGCCAAAAAUAUUAUCACAACUAUUUGUGAUGAACAGUGUACUCUUAGUGAUAAGCUUCUUCCAAAACAUUGUGCACCACUAAUAGCACAAGCUGUGAAUAAAAAGAAACGUGACAAGAAGAGUAAAACUAUUCAAGAGCCCGACAAACCUGGCUUAGAAAGCUAUCGUAGAAGCAGAGAGGAACUUACAACAAUGGACAAGCUGCAUAUGGCUUUAACAGAGCUUUGCUAUGCCAUCAACUAUAACAGCACAAUACCAGUAUGGGAACAUACUUUCUGCCCCAGAGAAUAUCUCUCUCAACACCUGGAAAGCCGUUUCAACAAAGCUCUGGUGGGGAUGGUGAUGUAUAAUCCAGAAAAUAGUGAGAUUGCCAAACCUUCAGAACUCCUAACAAGUGUCAAAGCAUACAUGAGUGUUUUACAGAGCAUAGAAAACUAUGUUCACAUAGAUAUCACAAGAGUGUUUAAUAAUGUUCUUCUUCAACAAACACAACCUCAGGACAGUCAUGGUGAUAAAACAGUUACUUAUCUGUACACAGAUUGGUACCUAGAAGUACUGCUACGGAGAGUCAGUACUGGUCACAUUUGUUUUUCAAGGAAUCAGAAGGCAUUUGUGACUUUAUCAACUGAUAGUCAACUUCCGUUUAUUGCAGAAGAGUUCUCUGACGUAAAUGUGCAUAUAAGAAUGAUAAGUCUUAUUGUCCUGGUAAACUUCAUUGUUGCCCAUAGAAAUGAAGUUCAAUUCAGAAAAAUAAGCAAUUUUUUUUCUUUUCAGAAACUUGUUGUCAUGAACAAAGAUGUUUUGGUUGCUCUUCGUUCAAAUUAUGACAAACCUGAUCAUAUGAGGGAACUGUUUCGAAGAUUACAGCAUGUGGACAAUUUGCUACAGAGAAUGACAAUUAUUGGUGUUAUCAUGUGCUUCAGUUCAUUGGCUCAGGAAGCACUAAAUGAUGUGCUAACAGAAAGAAUCCCUUUCCUGUUGAGUUCCAUCCAGGACUUCAAAAGUCAUUCUUUAAAUGGAGAUCUAAUUGUUGUCAGUGAUAUGGCUGCUGCAGCAGGAUUUCCAUGUAAAGUUGAUCCUGCUCUUGUGGCUGGUCUUCGAGCUCAAAAAUCAGAUCUUGGAGAUGAUGAAUACCAGAUGGCGUGUCUUUUAAUGGUGUUUGUAGCAGUUUCCCUUCCAAAGCUUGCUCGUAAUGAGGGAUCAAUUUACAAGACUUCUUUAGAAGGACAUACUAACAAUAUCCACUGCCUUGCCCAAGCAAUCAAUGGAAUAGCAGGUGCAAUGUUUACUCUCUGCAGUACAGGAGAAGUAGAGGACAGACUUAAAGAGUUUCUGGCUCUUGCAUCAUCUAGCUUACUACGACUUGGCCAGGAGUCAGAUAAAGAAGCAAUACGUAAUAGAGAUUCUGUGUAUCUAUUGCUGGAUCAGGUAGUUCAGGAAUCACCCUUUCUGACAAUGGACCUCCUCGAGUCCUGUUUUCCAUAUGCAUUGCUGCGAACAGCCUACCAUGCUGUUUACAGAAAUGAUUCUGUGUAUGGCUGAUUUUUUUUUUCCUCUUUCAGUUAUAUUCAUACAGAUGGUAUUUUGUUUGGACCAUUUUUGUACAUAUGUUUAUUUCUGUAAAAACGUUUUGCUAUUCUGUAGUGUAAUACUGGUAGAUGUAUCAUACUUUUUUAUAUGUAGAAUCAUACAUAAUUUGUAAGUUAACAUUUUAAGUAUUCUCCUUGAAUCACAAAUAUUAUGCAUUUAUGCCAUUAAGGAGACAUACAAUUGUUUGCAUCAUUACUCAUGUAUUAUUCAGUCAGUUGGUAUAAAGUCCAAAUGUUUCCUUAUUUUAAAUUGUGCAAAUAUCUAUAUAUUAUUUUACUUUAAUUGCAUUUCAUAUAUCUCUAAUAAAGUUUUAAAUUGUUCUUUUCUAAACAUUUUCAUGUGGUAAAUGAUGUAGGAUAUAGUUUGUGAAUCUGAAGAGAAAUUAGAAAAUUUAACUUGCAUUACAAAAUUAAAUAAUACAAGCUUUAAUGGAUAGAAGAUGUUAACCAUUUGAAAGUAAUAAUAUUUCAUUGUUUUAUUUUGUACAAAAGUUCAAGAGCUUUCAAACUAAUGUUUUAUUACAAGAAAUACUUUUUUGGUAUUUUCUACUCAGCUAAUAAUGUAAACUUUAUUUUCUUGGAGCAAAAUGGUGAAACAAUGUAUUUGUUUUACAAGUUAAUUGUAUUUUGGUAUCAUUUAAUAGAUAAACUGUGUAAACAAUCUCAGAUGUUCAGAUAUUACAAGUUAUUAAAACUAUUGAUUUAUAAAUAUGUUGCAGCAGUUAAAGAACCAGUAUCAGUUCGAGCUAUGCUUAUACUUUUUUUUUAUGUUAAUUAAUAUUUUUCAAAUUUUGUAAAUUAUGAGAUCCAGAAUUAUAAGAAUAACAAAGAAAUAAAAAGAUGAAAUGAGA